GUUUUCUCUACUGUCAAUAAACCCCCCAGCAUGUUCUCCUGCGUGUGUCCAUCCCCGGCGUGUUCUCCUACGUGUGUCCAUCCCCGGCGUGUUCUCCUACGUGUGUCCAUCCCCGGCGUGUUCUCCUACGUGUGUCCAUCCCCGGCGUGUUCUCCUACGUGUGUCCAUCCCCGGCGUGUUCUCCUACGUGUGUCCAUCCCCGGCGUGUUCUCCUACGUGUGUCCAUCCCCGGUAUGUUAUCCUACGUGUCCAUCCCCAGCAUGUUAUCCUAUGUGUCCAUCCCCGGCAUGUUCUCCUACGUGUGUCCAUCCCCGGUAUGUUAUCCUACGUGUCCAUCCCCAGCAUGUUAUCCUAUGUGUCCAUCCCCGGCAUGGGCGGACUGACAACUCAUGGGGCCCCCAGGCAAUA